AUGAGCGCUACAAUGACAGGGACCGCCCCAGCGGAGAUCACGGCGGAUAACGUCGCUACUCUCUUCCCCGACGUCGACACCUCUCUCGCUCGCGAUAUCCUUCCCUCCGCUACCAGCAACGGUGCUGCCCAGAGUUCUGAGCUCGCUGGCUACGAUGAGGAACAGGUUCGAUUAAUGGAAGAGGUCUGCAUUGUCCUGGACAAUGAGGACCGCCCUAUUGGCAGCGCCAGCAAGAAGACAUGCCACUUGAUGACCAACAUUGACAAGGGCCUUCUCCAUCGCGCAUUUUCAGUUUUCCUGUUUGACUCCAACAACCGCCUUCUUCUCCAGCAGCGCGCCACCGAGAAGAUCACUUUCCCCGAUAUGUGGACCAACACUUGCUGCUCGCACCCGCUGGGUAUCCCCGGCGAGACCGGUGCUGAGCUGGAUGCGGCCGUGAUGGGAGUGAAGCGCGCAGCGCAGCGGAAAUUGGACCACGAGCUGGGUAUUAAGGCGGAGCAGGUGCCAUUGGACAAGUUCGAGUUUUUCACUCGGAUCCACUACAAGGCCCCGAGUGAUGGCAAGUGGGGAGAGCACGAGGUGGACUACAUCCUUUUCAUCCAAGCGGAUGUCGACCUGGAGCCCAGCCCGAACGAGGUCCGGGAUACCAAGUACGUCUCGGCUGACGAGCUGAAGGCCAUGUUCGAGCAGCCUGGUCUGAAGUUUACCCCCUGGUUCAAGCUGAUCUGCAACUCGAUGCUGUUCGAGUGGUGGAGCCACCUGGGCACUCCGGCUCUGGACAAGUACAAGGGUGAGACUCAAAUCCGCCGAAUGUGA